AUGUUGUUUUCUCGCCGAAAAACGGCUGCUGUGGAAGGCACUCAAGGAAGAUACGUUAAACGCGAUGCUCCACCGCCGGUCCCUUCACUUAGCGGUAAGAUCUUUUGAUGGCUUUUUUGACGGUUAUAGAUCGUUCAAGGCCUUUUGUUUCAAAAAAAACCCAUUGAAAAGCUUUUCAGUUUCUACGAAUCUGGGAACGUUUUUAAAAAGUUUAAACUAGCUUGAUGCAUGAAACUGGUCUGUUCAAAAAAAAAAACAACUAUCUGCGAUUUGAUGGAUGGAUAUGUAUGGAACCAAAAAAAAAUAUUUUGAGAUGAUGUUUCAGUUACCCUGAGGAACUUCCAUAACAAAAAAAUAGUCAAAAAUAACAGUAAAUAUGAAGAAAUGUUAUAACCGAGAAAGCAAAAAAAUUAUUUCAUUUUUGUAGAGAAACCAACUUGAAUUAGUUUGCUUUUUUUGAAAGAAAAAACAGAUUAAAAAAAUUAGCCAUAAUUCAAAUUUUUGUUAAAUGAAACCAAACCAAAAUGCUUUAAAACAGAAGGAAAAGGCUCUCAUUGAUUUAUAACAAUCGAUUAGAGUUUUUGAAUUAUUGGGUCAACUAUCAGUUUCAAAAGGACGGUUUCAGCUUCGGCCCACGCUGUGAAUGCCGCGAGAAGGUCGCCGAUUUCAACUGCGGCCCUUGCGGCCGCCGCAGCUCAAACUUUGGCUCAAACAAUUCCAGAGCCAGAAUUUCUUCAAAUGGAGGAUCCUAGUUAUAACGAAGUUUUCGACGACACUUUCGAUAUCGGGGAAAACUUGGCUGUGGAACCAGCGAGGAGGCUCCAUUCGAGGUCCACUGUUAGGUUAGCUCAUAUUAUUCAUUAUUUUAUGGCUUUAGAGAAGUUCAAAUUGUAAAAUCAACUGAUCACUAUUGUUUCUCAAGUUCUGCAAAAACUGGUCAAUCUCAGAUUUCGCCCAGAAGUAAAACUGAGCGUUUAUUUGACAUAGAACCUUCUUAUGAAAACCUCAGGUAGCACUAAAAGAUGAUUUUCUGUUAGCCGUGCUUAUUCUCGAACCGAAAUUAGAGUCAAAAAAUUCCCCGGCCUUAACCAAAACAUGCGUUGUAUCAAAAAGCCACCAAUUUCAAUUUUAGUGAAAACGAUGGUGGCUUGGAGGGAAGUGACGAAAUCGAAACUAGUCCUUCCACGUCAUUCGGCCUUCGAAAUAUUGACGUUUUGUCUUCUAGAAGCUUCAACAGGCGAGUUAUUCUACUGUUACUUUUUUAAACUGAAUAGUUCUAGAGGUGGCCUCCGCUUUGUACCGAGGAAAGCUUUGACAGCUUCUCAUUCCAUUGGAAAUGUCGAGCAGGGACUGUUAGAUAUCAGCUUGAGGUUGGUAGAAAAGCAUUGGCAAUAGAGGAAAAGAAAUACUUUCAGAGAUGAACUUUCAACGGGCGAACAACCGCGGUUUCAGUCGUUGCAAACGCUUCCGAGUGCUGAUCCUGUCAUCACAGUUCAAAAAAAUAUGGAGACAUUACUUCAGGUUCGAUUUCUUAUGCUUUGAAGAUAACUUAAUAAGAAUCAUUAUUUUUAAUUUGAAAAUAAGAGCAAUUCUUACGAUAAUCCUCAAUUUUUCCUUAAGAAGACAAUUCAUAAAAUAAAAUGAAUCGAAUCGAUGACAAAAGAAGUGAGAAUAUGGGAAAAACGACAAAAGCUCAAAUUAACGGCUAAGAGAAGAAUAAUCAUCCCGAAAAGGUUCAAAGAGAAAUAUACUAUAAAAUUGGAAGGUAACAGGCUGCAAUUGAUGAAAAUUUGUAAUGUCGUCUCGGCUCUUGAGAAUAAAAGCUUCUCCGCCCUCCACGGUUUUUCCAUUACUUCAAGAGCAAAAAAGCUUUUUUUAAAUUGAUCCGUCGCUGCUUUGAGGUAAAAAGCUUUUUCAAAUAAAAUCACGAAGUUUCUAAAAGUUUUCUUUGAAGCGUUUCCCAUGCUAUUGGAUUUGAACACACUUCCGGCUUAAUUUUUUAUUUUUUUGAGAUAAAAUGAUGAUUUCAUCGAGUUAUACAUAAAAAGGUUAUCGCAUCAUGAAAGAAAGUGAAAAAAAUCGGAAAAGGGAUGGAAUGAUUUUGAAUGGCGAUGUUUCAAGUUUGAGAAAUAUUCAAAAAAAUUUUUUUGGGGGCAAAUGAAAAAAAUUAUUCAGAAAAAAAUAUUGAAAAUGGAAAUUUUUGAAAAAAACCGGGUAUUAUCUAUAAUAUUCCAACCGUUAUUGUAAUUUUUAGUUUUUUGUGCAAUCCGUAUUCUUUGAAAUUCUCUCUGAGAACUUAUUCAUUCAAACGAAACAAAUAUUCUUAUUAUACUUUUGAAAAAUGAUCUCAACUUCAGUGCACGACGACGAUCCGUUUGUCGAUGAGCCAACAUUACCUCCAAACUGGGCCAUUGAUUACACAAACGACGGGAUCAGGUAGUUUUCUGUUUCAUGUCACAUGUCUGAACUUUCUUUCAGGUAUUACGUCGACCACAAUAACCGUCGCACUCAUUGGGUACAUCCGCUAGUGAAAGAUAACUUGCGUCCCGGAUGGAAAAAAUAUUUCGAUCCUCAGCUCGGAGUUAUUUAUUUCAAGUGAGAAUCAAAUUCUUUCUUUGAAAAGCAUUGACAUUCAGUGAAACAACUGGAGUUCGUCAAUUCGACCAUCCUGGGAUCGCCAACCCCAUUUUCCGAACCGAAUCUGUUAAUGUGGCCAGCCGAUCCAACAUGGAGCUUACAGCAGAUCUUCAUAUCAUACAAGAGAAUGGUUGCUUUUUCAUCGAGAUUAGUUUCUGACCAUUUGAAAAUUUUUCAGAAUUACCGCCAUGGCUUCUGAUGUAUGCCCAAUCUGAUACUUCUUUGGAUCAUCUGCUUGAGGUUUGGCUAUAAUCAAUUUUUAACGUUUUGAGAGGUGAGAGGUAUAGAUUUGCAAGAGUGACGCGUUGCGUGUGCGACGCGGCUUUUGGCAUGGAAACUCGAAGUCGAAUAUAAUCAUUGAAAAAUAAAAGUUCAUUGAAAAUCUGUCGAAAAAAAAAUCGGAGCUAGUGUUUGAAUAAAAGUUUCCCGCUAGGAAGCCGCGUCGCACACGCAACGCCUCACCCUUGCCAAGCUACCGGUCUCGCCUUUCAAAUCUAGAAAGACUGACCAUACUCAAAAAGCACUGCAAUAUUCAAACUUCCCGUUUCAGUGGAACCUUUUUGGCAUCAGCCAGCUUGCGCAAUAUGAAGAAAUGAUGCGGAAACUCUACAAGCAGCAGGCAAUCGAUAUCGCGAGGAAGUUUUCAACUUUAUAAAUUAAAAAUCCAAGCAUUUCCAUAUUUCAGAUAUGAAAAAAUGAGAGUCGCCAUCAAUCGUGAGAUUCAUAGAAGAGACGCUUCUCGACCACCACCUAGGAGAAUGUGA